UGGAAUCACAUGGAGACCAUUUUCACUGCACAGCUGAAAGACCACCGAUCUAUGAACCCCUGCCCGGUUUACGAUGAGGUCUCCAGGAAACUGAUCCUGUUCUUCAUAGCUGUCCCAGGAAAGAUCUCCGAGCAGCAUCAGCUCAGGACAAAGAUUAACCUGGUACGCCUCUGCUACGUCACCAGCAUGGACCAAGGGCGCACCUGGAGCGCUGCCCAGGAUGUCACCGACAGCACCAUCAGGACCGAGUACAAGAACUGGGCCACGUUUGCGGUGGGGCCGGGUCACGGAUUACAGUUGCUCAACGAGGCCCGGAGCCUGGUGAUUCCCGCCUAUGCCUAUCGUAUCUUGGACCCUAAGCAGCACCCCACCCCUCAUGCCUUCUGCUUCAUCAGCUCUGACCACGGCACAACGUGGGAGCUGGGCAACUUCGUGGGCGAGGAGAGCGCGGUGGAGUGCCAGGUAGCGGAGGUGCACACCUGUGGCAGGAAGGUCCUGUACUGCAACGCGAGGAGCACCAGGGGAGCCCGAAUCCAGGCCGUCAGCUACAACCACGGGCUGGACUUCGAGGGAGGCCAGCGGGUUGAAAUGCUAGUGGAACCUCCCUUUGGAUGCCAUGGAAGUGUUACUGCCUUUCCACCUCCCCCUGAUGCCAGGUGCCAAGACAGUUGGUUACUCUAUGCUCACCCUACAGACCCAAAGGGUCGAAAAGAUUUAGGAAUUUACCUCAACAAAAGCCCUUUAAAUCCAACACACUGGACAAAACCUAGCAUCCUCUUCAGGGGCCUGUGUGCUUAUUCGGAUCUGCAGUACAUGGGCGUUGGACCCGAUGGCUCACCCUUGUUCUCCUGCCUCUUUGAAUAUGGGACCCGCCGGCAGUGCGAAGAGAUGAUCUUUGUCAUGUUCACCUUGAAGCAAGCCUUUCCCUCAGAGCUCUGAGUCUCAAGCCUUUCCACCAGCAUCCCUCCAAACACCACCUUUGCUGAUACUUUUCACUGUCACUUCUCAUCUUUGAGCAGGAGGUUUUUUGUACUCCUGCUGCACACUUAGUUUGGCGUUGGCUUGCGGCGUCUGUAGAUUAUGAAGUCUAUUAAAUGUAGUAAAACUUAA